AUGGUCGCGGACCACUCCUCCACGACGGUGGCGGAGGCCGAGGGCAAAGACAAAGACAAGGACAGCAACAUACUAUGCUGCUCCGACGCGGCAGAGGCGGCCGAGGUGCACAUGACACACAACUGCAAGUCCGUCUUCGACAUUGUCAGGACAGGGGAAGUCUGCGAUCUUGAAGUCCUGGUGGAACAGCACGGUUCUGAAAUUUUAAGCGCCAGAGAUGAAUGGGGAUACACUCCAGCGCAUUGGGCUGCUCUUGACGGGAACCUUCCAGUCAUGAGAUAUCUGGUUGAACGAGGCGCUCCAGUUGACCUAUCCUGCUUGGGAACUCAGGGACAGAGACCAAUUCACUGGGCAUGCCGAAAAGGCCACGCUGCCAUUGUGCAAGUUCUUCUGAAGGCUGGCGUGGCAGUGAACGCAGCUGAUUUCAAAGGCCUAACACCUCUUAUGACUGCUUGUGUGUUUGGGCGGGGAGCAACGGCUGCUUACCUUUUAGGAAUGGGUGCCUACCAUCACCUCACAGACAUAAAUGGAGAUUCUGCUCUUCAUUGGUCUGCUUAUAAAGGUCAUCCUGAUUUGAUUCGUCUCUUAAUAUAUGCUGGAGUUGAUUUGCAAAAAGCAGACAAUUUUGGAUCAACUCCACUCCAUCUUGCAUGCCUAUCAGGAAAUGUGAGCUGUGUCAAGAUUUUGUGUGAAAAGAGUAAAAUUGAAUUGGAACCUCGUGACAAAAAUGGAAAGACUCCGCUCAUGCUAGCUAAGAGCCACCAACACAAUGACAUAGUUCAAGUUCUCACCACUGAAAGAAACCGACGAUCUCGCUGGAUGCCCCCCAUCACAGAAAUUUGGGGUUUGAUGUUUGGAGGAGCUGGACACUCCAAAGGACCUCUUCUCUUCUUCUUGGGAUCAUUCCUUCUGUGGGAAUAUCCUAUGUACCUAUUUAGGUGUGUUCCAAUCACAUGGAAUUUAAUGAGGGGAUCUCACUACUGUUUCAUCUACUGGAAUCUGCUUAUGUGGCUUAGCUGGGUGAUAGCAAAUCGAAGGGACCCUGGAUAUGUCCCCCAAGACACAGAAGGUUACACACGAGCUAUAAAACAGAUACCGUAUUUUGAUAAAUACAAGAAGAGACCCAUCAUCCUCUCAAGGCUAUGUCACUCCUGCAGAUGCAUUAGACCUCUUCGAGCAAAGCACUGCAGAUAUUGCAACAGAUGUGUACAGUACUUCGACCAUCACUGUCCAUUCAUCUACAAUUGUGUCGGUUUGCGAAACAGGAUGUGGUUCUUCUUGUUUGUUAUGAGCAUUGCUAUAAACUGUUCCCUGACAGUUUACUUUGCAUGUUACUGCAUUGCAAUAGAAGGCUUCCAGCUCUUGUAUGUAUUGGGUCUGUUGGAAGCUCUACUGUUCUGUGGACUUGGCUGGAUUCUUACAUGCACCUCCGUUUUGCAUGCAUGCUUCAAUUUGACAACAAAUGAAAUGUUUAACUACAAGCGAUAUCCAUACUUACGGGACAAAAAGGGGCGUUUCCAAAAUCCAUUUAGCCGAGGGCCUUUUUACAAUCUUCUAGAAUUCUUUGUAUGUACUCCAGAACUCAGAUCUGGUGACCAUGAGCUCUUAGAAGAAGAAGCAGGACCCUAGCUUUGAUAAUCAAAAUCACCUGCUGCCUUACUCUGUUGAUAUUUUUAAAAGUCUGCUUUCUUAAAGCACAAAUUUUAUAAUGUUGAAAUAUUACAAGGGCCUCAGGCAAUAGCUGCUUGCUUCUUGACUUUGUAUUACUCUCAUCUUUGGAAAAAAAAAUGUUUUCACCAUUUUUAUACUAAAAAAAUUGACCAUAAUUGGGAAAACAAGGUAUUAUAUUUUAAGACCACUUUAACAAUUUGCUCAAGGAUGAAUAAAGCUUAGAUUUGUUGCAUUAUUUCAUGCAAUGAAUGUCACCUUUGUAUAACUUUUUCUCUAUGGUGGGUGUUAUUCUUCCAGACAUGAAGCCAUUUCUAAUGUUCUCAAGCCUGUCGUACACCUUUGAUAUUAUAUUAACUUUUCCUACAUUCAGGCUUCUUGAAUAAACAGCAUUGAAAAUCA